AACGUCUAUGUGCACAACCCUUUUAUUUUUGACUCCAAAGUAAACGUAUUCACUACGAAAAGUGCUCAAUAGGAUGUAGGCGCCGUUUUCGACAUAAAAUCGUCGGCAUGUCAGGACGACACCAAGUAAUGCCGAUCACUUCACUAUAGUAUGUAUGAUUUAGUAAUAUAGAUAAACAGCGGCUAAUACUGAUCAAAUGCCGUUUCCAGUGAACCUCAUCAGCUCGUGGGCUGUAUGGAGCAAACUUGCGGGCAAUGAUGAUGACGAUUGGGUGGACAGAUUGAACCAUAUUUACACCGUCGUCAUCUUGGUUAUAUUUGCCUUGUUCGUCGGCGGCGAGUCGUACAUCGGAGAACCAAUAGCAUGCUGGCAUCCGGCACAAACAACGAUGCACCAAGCUAAAUACGUCAACAGUUAUUGCUGGAUCCAGAACACGUACUUUGUUCCCAUGGGUGAGCCAAUACCACCUGGUCACAGGAAGCACGUGGAUCUAGAAAUUACCUACUACCAAUAUGUCCCACUGAUAUUGCUGUUUAUGGCGUUCCUGUUCAAGUUGCCGUGCUUGAUAUGGCGAAGUUUUUCCGGCUAUUCCGGUAUAAACCUUUCAAAGAUCGUUCAGAUGACCGCCUCUGCACAUUACAUCGAGGACAGUAAACGGGAGGAGAAAAUUAAUGAGAUCUCGAGGGUUGUGGACCGUUGGCUAGAGGCAAACCGGCAGUACCACUGGAACAUUUUGGUCAGACUCCGGCAGAAAGUGUCACGUAUUUGCUUCUUCAUGAAUAGAAGAGAAGGGACCUAUCUCACGGGUUUGUACCUGUUCGUGAAGUUGUUGUUUGCAGUGAACGUCAUAGGCCAGUUCUUCAUUCUGGAUACAUUCCUAGACGGGUUCUUCAGUCUAUGGGGUAUAGAGGCUAUGUACAGUCUAGCGCAUGAAUACAACGUGAAAGAGUCCCGGAGGUUUCCCAGGGUUACCAUGUGUGACUAUGAAGUUCGAGAGCUGCAAAAUGUCCUGCCGAGGACAGUCCAGUGUGUGCUGCCUAUAAACCUGUUCAAUGAGAAGAUAUUUCUGUUUCUAUGGUUCUGGUUUAUACUGGUAUCAGUGAUCUCGUGUUCUAACAUCAUCUUCUGGUUCUGGAGAACAUUCUUUCAAAGAAACCGGACAUCUUUUGUUAAAAAGUACCUGACCGUCAGUUCUAGGAUCCACACGGCAUCCGAUAAAAAACUUUGUAAAAAGUUUGCUACGUACCUACGUGACGACGGUAUAUUUCUCAUCCGAAUGAUUCAGAAGAAUUCCAAUGACAUGCUCGUCACUGAUAUGAUAACGAGGCUCUGGGAAAUCUACCUCGAGAAGCCAGUCGUAAAGAAGAUGAUGAUGACGUCAAAUGGUGCAGACACCGGAAAUAACAACCGACCACGUGUUUCGGCACCACCAGCAAAGGAAAACUACAUUUAAUGACGAAAACUGUCGAUUUAUAUAAUUUCUUGUGUGUUUUUUUUGUAAGAAAACAAACGACAAAGAAUAUCAUAUGAAAUUUCGAAACCUUUUUAAGCAGAUUUGAUGAUAUUUUUUAUUUACACAGGACUUUAUGUUUAUAACUUGUAUCCAUGAUUCUAAACGAACUUUUUUGACAAAUUUACUUUUAAUGCCUGUUGUAAAUUGCAAUUUGACGAACAUUACGUUGUUAUUAUUACAAAGUCUAGCUAAGAAUGAACUUAACUUUAAUUUAACUUUAAAUGUUGAUUUUUUAUUUGUUUACUAUGAAAUCGAAAUUAAGAUUACAGGUGUUUAUGAAUUUGACCGGUAAUUUGAUGAUAAAUUUAGCGUGACGUGUAGUUUUAUGUACUUUUUCAUUUCAUUUACUUUUUCUAAAUUUAAUUUUCUGUAUAUUUUAAUUGUGAGAAAUGCGCUGUUUUAAUGUCACUUGUACUUAAAAUGAAAUUCCAGAAUUUAUAGUUUUGUUCAUUUGAAUUCAUGUCAAUUAACAUGUAUAUGAUUAAAGUUGGGUGAAAUUAUCUACUAGCAAAGUGGAAUAUUUACGGUGUUUCGAUCUUUUUCAUAGAAUGUUCAGGUUUAAUUUUGAUAGUUAUAAAAUGUUAAAAAACAAAUUAAAACAUGAAUUUAUUACCUUGAUAUUAUUGAAUGUGCUAUAUUUACAGCAUUUGUAUGUAUUGGUCUUUGGAAAGGCUUAUAAGUACUGAAUGUACAUGUGUUUUUCUUUUUUUCUGUAUUUUUACUAAUUACAUUUUUUUCAUGUUCAACGAAUUAUAAAAAAGAACCAUUAUUGUGUAUGUAUAUACGUUACCUUGUGAACAGAUAAACAAUUUUAGGAAGUUGC